AGCAGAGCAAAAAAUCAGAGAGAGCUUUUUCGUAUCUAUCUCUGCGGCGUGGACUUUUUGGCUUGAAUUUCAGAUCCACCCAAACCCCAAAAAACAAAAAGGGAGAGGGAGAGUUGGUUGUUGAUCAAAAUGGCUGGAAACGAAGAAGAACACCGGCAGCCGCCGCCGCCGUCGCCUCGUCCUCCGCAUCCUUCGCGUCCCACGAUUACUCUGCCGCCGCGGACUUGUUUUGAGACGAUGUUUAACAACAACUCCGGAACCGGCGGGAAUACUGGGGCGGGCUUGGGGUUCAGUCCGGGGCCGAUGACUCUGGUUUCGAGCUUCUUCUCUGAUGGGGAAGACUGCAAGUCGUUUUCUCAGCUGCUGGCUGGAGCCAUGCUGUCUCCGGCGGACAGGGCGGGGUUUCCGCCGCUUGAAGACAGGAAUUCCGGGGAUGACAGCAGUGAUUUCCGGUUCCAGAAUGGACCGGCGGGGAUGUCGAUUGGACCGCCGUCGCCGAUGUUUCCGGCUGGUUUCCUCGACUCGCCGGGAGGACUAUUCUCACCCGGACAGGGAGCCUUUGGAAUGACGCACCAGCAGGCACUAGCUCAAGUGACAGCUCAGGCUUCACAAUCCCAAUCCUACACUUUUCAUAUCCCAAAUGAACACUCUACGUCUAUGACACAGCUUCCGAUCUUUACUUCCAGUACAACACCACCCCAGGAGAUGCCAUCUGAAAUACCCGAUUCUGGGGUCACUCUGAAAGAAUCGUCUGAUAUCUCACAUUCGGAACAGAGAUCCCAACCAUCUUCAUUGACUGUCGACAAGCCUAAUGAUGACGGUUACAAUUGGCGGAAAUAUGGGCAGAAGCAGGUGAAGGGGAGUGAGUUUCCUAGAAGUUAUUACAAAUGCACGCAUCCCAGUUGUCCAGUCAAGAAAAAGGUUGAACGCUCGGUUGAUGGCCAGAUAACUGAAAUCAUUUACAAGGGUGAGCAUAACCAUCAGCGUCCUCAAUCUAAGCGCCCAAAGGAUUCUGGAAAUCAAAAUGGAAAUGUUCAGGUGAAUCAUGACUUAGCUUCCCAAGUUCAUGGUGAGAACUUGAACAAAUCAAAAGAAGGGACUUAUUCAAUGUCUAAGCAGGGUCAGGAAUCUAGCCAAGCAAUAUCUGGGACAAGUGACAGUGAGGAAGUUGGAGAUGCUGAAACAAAAGUAGAAGAAAAAGAUGAAGAUGAACCUGCUGCCAAGAGACGAAAUAUGGAGGUCAGGCAUUCAGAGCCAGCUUCUUCUCAUCGGACUGUGACAGAGCCUAGAAUCAUAGUGCAGACAACCAGUGAAGUUGAUCUGUUAGAUGAUGGCUACCGGUGGCGAAAGUAUGGGCAGAAAGUUGUCAAAGGCAAUCCUUAUCCAAGGAGCUAUUAUAAAUGCACAUUCCAGGGAUGCAAUGUACGUAAGCACGUAGAGAGAGCAGCAACAGAUCCUAAAGCCGUCAUAACAACAUAUGAGGGCAAACAUAAUCAUGAUGUACCUGCUUCUAAAUCUGGCAGCCACUACGCAGCCAACAACAAUGCAUCAAAUCUAAGAUCAGGCAACCCGGGAACUGAAAAGCAUGCCUCAGUUAGCAAGAUGGAUCCUCGAAACAAUGACCAACAGCCUGUAGCGCGUCUACGUUUAAAAGAAGAACAAAUAACAUAGUUCUGUGUGUUUCAGUCAACCAAAUUUGAUAUUUCCACGAUCAAGUGAAAUCUCUCAAGUGAUUUUGUCUGAAUCUGUUUUUCACUUGUGGCCGUAGUUUUGAUCAAGGCUAAGUACCCCAAUGCUGAUGUAUAAAGAGAAGGGGUAAUACAAAAGAAAGGAAGAAGUCUGGUUCAAAUGUAAACUAGCUUACAAGCAUACUGUAUUGAGAUUCAUAACUUAUGGUCUUAUGUGCAUUCUUUUGUAUAUGGAAAUGCAGUAAUGUUGUUUUA